UAGCUUCACUACGAGUGUGCUAGCAUUGCCAUUUUUCGCUGUUACUUUGAGAAAGUAAUAUAUUCCCGGCUCAUAUAAAGAAACAGGUGCAAAAAAUAUUUAGCUAAAACAACCCGGACAUUGAAUGUGUCUGACAUAAUGAUAGACAAGGUUGGAGGCAAGAUCUUCCCAUUUGGCUCCUAUCAUCUGGGGGUUCACUCAAAAGAUGCUGAUAUAAAUGCUCUGUGCGUCGGACCUGGAUUUCUUGAGAGAAAAGCCUUCUUCACCUCCUUCUUUAAAAAGUUGAAAGCUCAGAAGGAGGUCAAAGACAUACAGGCCAAUGAAGAAGCAUACGUCCCUGUCAUCAAACUGUCCUGGGAAGGGAUAGAGAUUGGCCUUGUCUUGGCCCUGGUGACUCAGAGUAGUGUUGCUGAUGAUCUGGACCUUCUCAAUGACAGCAUAGUGAAGGACAUGGAUGAACGCUGUGUCAGAAGUCUCGAUGGGCGUUACAUUUACUCCAACAAGAUGGGCUUCUUGGGCGGUGUAUCGUGGGCCAUAAUGGUAGCCCGAAUUUGUCAGGUGUACCCAAAUGCUGCGGCUUCUACCCUGGUGAUCAAGUUCUUCUCCAUUUGGGUGUGGCCAGUCCCAAUUCGCUUGAAAGUGGUAGAAAACUGCUACUACAACCUUCCUUUCUGGAAUCCCGGGGUUAAUGUAAGCGACUGCUAUCACCUAAUGCCCGUCAUCAGCCCGGCAUACCCGCAGCAGAACACUUCAGCCAAUGUUUCUCUGUCCACUUUUGCCAUCAUAAAUAAGGAGAUCCGUCGAGGUCAUGCAAUCUGCCAAGAAAUAGAGCAGAAAAAAGCAAACUGGCGCAAACUCUUUGAAGAAAUGGACUUUUUUGAUAAGUACCAGCACUACGUUAUGUUGGAAGCACCUUAUUCUACAGAAAAGCAGCGUACUGAAUGGGUUUGCCUCGUGGAGUCGAAAAUCGGCCUCCUGGUGGCAAGUUUGGAGAGAAAUGUGGUUUCCUUGGUCCAUGUUCACCUACGUUCCUUUCCUAGACCCAGAAGAGCAAAUAAAGAAGAUGGAAAGAGCACAGUGUGGCUGGUUGGACUUGCCUUUAAUCCAGAGGGGUUUCAAAUAUGGAUAAAUCUCAACACCAUCUUCCAAACCUUCGCUAAUACCAUCAACAGCCUGGCCAAGCGCUCUAACUUAUAUGAAAAGGGGAAGUUCUUUACAGCUGCAUACAUGCAGAAGGAAGAACUUGUUUGCACCUUGUCACAUCCCACCUGUCAGCUCCGGGGGAAACGAGACCACAGCUCCGCAAAUCCAAGAUGCCAGCCACGAAAUUGAGAAUCCACCUGCUGUCACGCUGCCCAGCUUACCUCCCGGUGGCCACCUCGCCGAACCUUCUGCAUUUGCGAAGCCUGCCACCAACCUUCAGCUCCCCAGGUACAGAAGAACAUUAUGAAUAGAAACCUCUCCUAGUUCUCCUCUUCUCCACGCCAGACAUCCUCACAUGCAGCUUUUGUGAGAUUCAAGGAGGUCCCGCUGAAAGCUAGACUCCGACUUUGAUGAAUUUAAUCUUUUAACCAGAAGAGGGCAAUGAAGCCUUUCUGCUCAACCGCAGUGCAGCAGUGUGUGCACAGAUCAGCUUCUCACACACCAGUCACUGGCUGAUAGCAAAAAAAUUGCUGCAGAUUAGAGUUGUGGGAGCAGCUUUAGAUUCAGUUAUCUCUUUCAAAUAUUCUGGACUCUGAGGAAGGAAAUUAAAGAAUUUGAA